GGAAAAGGAGGCGAAACAAGCUGCGGAGGCGAAGGCAAGGCUCGCUAUCAAAUGCAAAAAUGUCUGGGUCUGGAAAAUUGCAAGUCUUGUCAUGCAGGUUUUCCAUGACCCAGAAGGUCUGGAAUGCGGGACCUAGCAUGACAAACUCCGCGAGAUCUCUAUCGUGCCUAUCCUGCAUGAGAAACUCCCUCUCGACUUGGUCAAAAGUGGACGACUUUUGGUAAUCAUGCAACACAGAUUUUUGCAUGAUUCAGAUUGAGCAUGACAAGUUGCCAUGUUCCAGACCCAGACACUUUUGCAUUUGAUACUCGCGGAGCGGAAGCAACGGGACCAGGAGCGGGCGAAUAUCCUGAGUAAAAACAUACCCACACCAGAGUCAGGAUGGGGAUUUUGCAACAGAAACCUAGGAGUUUUGUGAGUCACGCAUGACAAGUUGCACUCUGCAGUGUAGUGCAGGUUAGCAAGUGCAGCCGCGUCACAGAUUCAUCUGCUCAUCCUGUUCACAGCAUCACAAAUUCCAAAACACGAUUGGAAAUGGCUCUCAUGGGGAUGCGCAUUACAAGCCUUCCUGUCUUCGCAAAUCUGCAUUACAACUCUGGCGUGGGUACGUUUUUACUCGGGAUAGCGUAUGCCGAGGAAAAAGCGAAGAUUGAAAAGAAAUUGAAGGACGACAUGGCGCAAAAACUGUUGCAGGCGGAACGGGAAAAACAGGAAAAACUCGCUGCUGCCGUAAAAGAGAAAGAGGCCUUGCGAAUUGCGAAGGAGAAAGAAAAACGGGCGGCGGAGGAGAAAUUGAAAAAACACGAAAAGGAAUUCGAGGAACACAAAAAAGCCUACGAGGCUGAGCUAAAACGGCAGGAGGUACUUACUGUUUGAUCUUGUUGAUGGGUUGAAUUUAAUACACGCUUCCCCUUCGCCUGCUUCCGUGGUUUUGCUAGAAUUAUGUGAGUCAAGAAUUCAGACACUGUUGCUGUUCAUCAUAACGUGCUACUCACUUUCGCAGUUGAUUCUCGCAGACGGGGCGGGAGAAACUUUCUUCUUUUGAGCCAUCUUCUACUUCAUCUUUAUCAUUGAUUGUGUCCUGCUUUGAUCCUCACAACAUUUUCUCUCCCCGCAGGACCUCCGCAAGAAGCAGGAAGAGCAGCACAAGCGGCAGAUGCAGAAGCGCAUGCGCGACGUGACGGAGCUUGCCAAGGCCGGCGAGGCUCGGAAGCUGAAGGAGGCCGAGGAGAAGCUCGAGGCCGCGAAGUUGAAGCAAAAAGAGGAAAAGGAGGCCGCGGAGAAAGAGCGGAAGAAGGCGCAGCGAGAGUUUAUGAAAGCUUCGAAAGCGCGCGACGAGGCGCGGAAGCGAGCC